GCAUCCACCGCUAGUCGGCUGUGUGUUGUGUGACACAUCUAUCGUAGAGAAGUUUUUUACUCACUAAAUUUUCUAGUUUUUGGAUGUCUUUUUUUUAAUUGAAAUGUUAACUUUUACAUAGCCACGCACAUUUUUUAUCGUUAAUUAAUUACCACGUGAAUUUAAAAUUCGUGAAUUUAUUCUGGUUUUGAAAAAUCAAAAAGGAAAUUCGUGAAAAGAGUUGGACAAAAAUAACCUACGUGUGCCGAAGCGGGACGGCCAUAUUUUCAGUGACAUGUCCGGUCUAGGAGUUUUCAUCUCCGUCGUUCUGGCAUCGCUGGUCAGCCGGAAUGCCGGCUGGAUCAUCAGCGACGACCGGUUUAUGUCGAUGGUGAACUUGGAGCACUAUUACGUCAUCGAGGAGAACGUGCUGAGCAACGCUGACGUGUUGCUGCGUGACGACUACUUCGGUGCCGAGGAGGAGGAGGAGGAGGAGGAGCAUCUGAAACAUGCGCCGAACCUGACGCUGUUUAAAAGUGUUAUCGACGAGACUAAGACGGUCCACCGUCUGGCCGGGCCUGACCUGGAGAAGUACCUGGCCAACCCCGUCAAUGUCUUCCACCUGUUUCGUCGUCUGGACAGCGGCUGGAGGGACGGCCUUGACCUUUUGCUUCAGACCAAACCCUGCAGACGAUGGAACGUGCCGUCAAUGGCCGGCCGUCUGCAGUAUCUGAAGACCAAAUUACCCGGGAAAACGGAAAUGAAACGGGUGGUCGAGUACAUAGCGACACUGCAGAAGUUGUACAAGCUGAAUGCUAAUGACAUCGUUAAAGGGAGAAUAGGCGUGGCCACGUCUCUGAAACCUUUGAACCUCGAUGAGCAGUUUGAUAUAGUCAAGAUCUUCCAUGACAGGGAUGACAUGCACAUAGCCCUGGAGUGGCUCAACUACAUCCUAAAACUGCUCAUCAGCUACAACUCAACGCAGAGCGGUCAACUAGGGUUCAAGGUCACUGAUGUGCUGAACCUUAUGGCGUCUGCUCACUACCACAUGAAAAAUAUUCCUGAUGCUCUAAAAGUAACAGAGAAAGUUUUGCAACUGGAUCCAUCCAACAUGAUUGCUGAAAAUAACUUGAAUUUUUUCAAGAGAAAACUGAAAGCUUUAGAAGAAAACAGCGAAGACGAGAAGAGAUUGACUGCCCCACCCACGGAGGAGUUGUCUAAAUAUGAAAAACUUUGUUCUAGACGCAAAAGGAAGGCUUUAAAGAAAAAGUGUUGGGUCGCUCGUGCAGGAUUAACAUUCUUCAAAGUGGAACCAAUACGUGACAGACCAUAUGUGGUUAUGGUUCAUGAUGUCAUCCCAAAAAAUACUGCUGAAAAUUUGAAAAAAUAUGCAUAUGAAACACAAACAAAUAGUGCAUGGUACAGAGAGGAAGUUUACUACCCUCCUAAAUUCAAUAUUGGUCUAGAGAGCAAUGCUGUUAAAGGGAAGCUUGUAAAACUCUACUUCAGACAAGUUACACAAAGUUUAGAACUGCUGUCAACUGCUUUAAAUAGAAGAACUCUUUCUUGGAGGAAACUUCAUCUAGCCAACAUUGGACAGCAUGGCAUGCACCUGGAGAAAUACAAGAAUCUUCUGGAACUGAAGACAGAAAAAGAAUUCAAACGCAAAGAAGUAGGAGCUUACUUUAUUUUUCUGAAUGAAGUAAAGAAAGGAGGUCAAGUUGUUCUGACUGAUCACAAUAUAUCAGUGCUCCCAGAACAGGGAAGUGUUUUGUUUUAUCUACCAUCUCAGUCCAAGAUGCAAAGUUUUUGUCCAGUGGUUGGUGAAUUUUUAUGGGUUGCUGUCCAGCCUGUUGUAGAAGUGGCUAAAGAUUUCUGUGUUGACGCUGACGAAUGGCUGUAGAAGUUGUUUUACAUCAUUCUUUUGUUAAUUUUCCAGUCAUAAAUUUAAAGCAGCUGAGUAGGUUGUAAGUGGAAAUUCAUGCGUACUUGUUUCAUGUGCAAGAAAGCAUGUAUGUGGUUAAACUGUUGGGAGUGCACGUCUUGGAAGUAGUUAGUGAUUAAGUCAUGUAAAGUUUUCAUAGGGUAAAAUUAUAUAGAUAAAUAACAUUGUACUGCUCUAAACACACACAGGUUUGAUGAAAGUAUUACGGUAUGAGAUUUUUUUCAAAAUUAUAUUUUCAGAUUGUCUUAACUGCCAAAUAAAUAAAAUUGUAUUGUACUAUAAAUUUGUUCUUUUAUUCGUUUUUGAAUUUUAAAAAAAAGCUGCUGUGAAGUUUAUGCAAAAAAAUGUUUUGGUUAGCAUUACAUAAAUUUUAGAUCAGGUCUUGUGUGAACUGAUCCUGGUGAGUCUCUCAAGACAACUUUAUUCCAAGCUUUGUAAAAUGUAAAUUAAAAUGGAGUUUUUGACUGAAUUUUCAACUCAAUUUUUACCCACUCCAAAGGUUGACAUCUUUCCAAAUGAAUUCAUUUCUAAUGUCAAUCAUCUAACUGGAUAUUAUAUUGGUCAAAAAUGUAAAGAUGACUACAUUCAAUAACAAAUCUUGGUUGGGUGAUUUUUCUUCACCCAUGUUUUAAGAGCUGAUAGAACUAGCAAGGGGCAUAAGAAUGUUUAGAUUACUGAUUGUGUUUUGAAAUCAAAUGCUACAAAUUGUUUUUGAAAGUCUUAUAUCUUUUAAACAGAUUUUUAAAAAAUUUAUUUUUUAGAUGUACUAAACUUUUGUCUAAGUAGUAAAAAUAAAAUUGGUGCCAA